AUGUUUUUUGUUCAUGAACGUGGUCGCAUGCUCUCAGUAUAUCUCUUUGCCCAGCAGCUUGGCUCUAUUUUGGGCCUUAUCUCUGGUGGUAGCAUGUCCGACACCGUCGGAUGGAGAUGGUCGCAGAAUAUCGUUGGCUUCAUCUUUGCGUUCGUACUAAUUGCCUUCACGUUUACUUUUGAGGAGACACUGUUCCCUCGCUUCCUAUUCGCUGGGUUGCAAGCGGCUCCCCUUCCUUCUCAGAAGGAUGAAGAGACAGCGGAGAAAUCUACCGAAGGAAAGAGGUUGGAGCUCAGGCCGGUUCCGAGCCAGGCCAACGGCAUGAUUGAUGACUUUCCCAAGCGGUCUUACCAACAGAUCUUGAAGCCGUGGGUGAGGUUUCCUCAGAACAAGACGACUUUCUGGCAGUAUUUCCGCCGUCCCUUCUUUCUCUGGGGCUUUCCCAACGUCGUCAUCGCCGCGUUCAUCUAUGCCUUCGGGGCCACCGCCGGUAUCGUCUCUUUCAACACCAUAUCUGAGAUCCUGACAGAACCCCCUUACAACUUUAGUACCACCAAUACCGGGCUUGUGUUCUUUGCCGCUUUGAUAGGAGACAUCAUUGGUUGGGGUAUCGGUGUGCUAAGCGAUCAAGUCGUUAUUGCUUUGGCGCGACGAAAUGGUGGUCUCAAAGAACCUGAGAUGCGACUCUACACGCUUGUUCCUUGCUUCGUCUUCGCUGCGGUCGGGUACAUGCUCUAUGGCUGGGGUGCCCAGACAGAGGCCCAUUGGAUCACCAUCGCCAUAGGUAUCGGCGCCAUGAUCUCACAUCAGGUUGGGGCUUGCACGAUUGCGACUGCAUAUGCAAUGGACUGUUUCCCAGGAAUAUCUGGAGAGCUAGUCGUUGUACUGGCUAUGUGCUCCUCAAUGGUCAAUUUCGCCAUCUCGUAUUCUGUCCAGCCGUUUAUCGAAGCCUCUGGCUACGGCUGGACCAUGACAUGCUAUGGCGUCAUGGUAUUGUUGUCGGUCCUUGCCGCUAUUCCUCUUCUGCUAUUUGGAAAGAGAUGGAGGAUCGCCAAGGGCCUGAGAUACUAUAAGUUCUUGGACGAGGUUGGAGGGUAUACCGACUAG